CACUCUGACAUCAGCCCAUUUGAUUUAUUAAAAUUUUGAAUUUGAAGUUGCCACUGCACUGAUAGAAGGAUUUAAAAACAUAAAAAUACUAUAAAUAUGAGUACACCGAGUAAGCGAAAAGAAACUAUGGACGAUAAACAAAAUAGUAAAAGGCCGAAAAUGCAGUGUCCUUAUGCAGAUAAAUGCUUCCGAUUAAAUCCUAUACACUUUAAGGAGUAUAGCCAUGAACACUUGGAAUCCAUCCUGGAUUCGUACACGGGUUCUGGAGACUUUCCGAUCCCGUCCAAGCUGCAGAGCCAGAAACAGAUGUACGUGGAUCAACUGAAGAUGCUUCUACACCAGCAGUUGUACACUCCCGGCAAGAACUUUGGCACAGAACUUAGUGCUGGUGCAUCAACAUCAACAACGUCAGAAGAUGUAAAACCUCAGAAGAGGCCAGAAGAGAGGAAUGUGACCCUCAAACCAGUCUCACAUGAGAAGCAGCGGGAGACUAGCAAAUCUCCUCAUGAUAGAGGGGGAAGUGGUACUUCUAGAAGUAGAAGUGGAGAGAGUAAGGGGUCUUCUAGUGGGAGUAGUCAGAAAGACAGUGACUACCGUCCCAUAGUGAACCCGACUCGGAGACCAGAAGACUUCCUUUCCGUGGUGCUGCCAAAAGGCAAGAUGGCCGCCAAGCAUGCAGCGAGUGCUCCCUACUACAUAUUCUAUACCACCAUUAAAGACGCCAAGGAAACUCAUACACAGCCGUAUUCUAUUACUUUUCAAGAAAUCCUGGACCGCAGUUUGGGUGAGCUGAAAUGUUCGUUACAAAUCAACUUCAUGGUAGAAAUAGGAUGGCUGUUGGCGCAAUAUUACUUCGCUGGCUAUAGUGAAAAGAAGCUAACUAUACUAUACGGAGAUGACUGCUCGGAUUUAAAGAAUAUCAAAGCGAAAAAACCUCAUGUAGAUGCCCACUACGUAACUAUGGCAACGCCUUUUGGAAAACAUCAUACUAAAAUGAUGAUACUGUGCUAUGAAGAUGGAUCUCUUAGAGUGGUGAUAUCUACAGCUAACUUGUACCUGGAUGACUGGGAGAAUAGAACUCAAGGGCUAUGGUUCAGUCCCGCGUGUCCGGAGAUGCCUCCCGAAGCGAUGCCACAUGACGGCGAGUCUCCGACGUUGUUCAAGAAGUGUUUGCUAAGAUACCUCAAUCAUUACCAUCUGCCCAACUUGGCGUAUUAUGUCGACAGGGUCAAGAGAUGCGAUUUUAGUCAUAUUAACGUUUUCCUAGUAGCAUCAGUCCCAGGGUCCCACUUCGACCAGGACUGGGGCAUGACUCGAGUCGGCUCGCUGCUGCGGCAACAUUGCGCUAUCCCGCCCAGCGAGAACGCUCAGUGGCCUCUUAUAGCUCAAGCUAGCAGUAUCGGCAGCUUUGGGAAAGAGCCUAAGCUAUGGCUGACGGGUGAUUUUCUACACAACUUCACUAAAAUCAAGAAUCAGUCACAGUUGUUAUCCACUCCGUCGCCAUUGAAGAUUAUUUACCCAUCUCUAGAGAAUGUACGACAAUCACACGACAAUCUUUUAGGCGGUGGAUGUCUGCCGUACGCCGCUGAAUGCCACGCUAAACAGCCGUGGCUCAACAAUUAUUUAUAUCAGUGGGUAGGUGAUGUGAGCGGUCGCAGCCGUGCCAUGCCACACAUAAAGUCGUACUCGCGCGUCUGUAGCGACAGCGCUGCUUUCUACCUGCUCACCUCCGCCAACGUCAGCAAGGCCGCUUGGGGACAGCUCAACAAGGGCAAUGGAGCUCUGAGGAUCAUGAGCUAUGAAGCUGGUGUCCUGUUCCUGCCUCAGUUUGUGAUAAAAGAAGACUUUUUUCCACUGAAGCGGGGUGCCAAGAACCGUCUGAUAAUUCCUUACGACUUACCUCCUGUCAAGUAUACGCCUGACAUGUCAGCCUGGGUGUCAGACUAUCUCAGAUAGACAUAGUAAAUUAAAUAUUCUCCUUUGAGUUGGUAAUUAACUAGAGGUAAACAAUUAUGAUAUGACUUUUUACACUAAUUAUGUCCAAAAUCAAAAUCAAAAAUCAUUUAUACAAACUUGGCUGCAAGACAUCACUUUUUGAAAGUCAGGAAUUUACAUAUAGUCCGGUCAAAAUAGACAUAAAAGUAGUGGUCAAAUAACAAAAAUUCCCACAAAGCU